AAAGCAACUGAGUGCAAGUAGGAUCACUACAGACACAGGCUUUACAUACUGUAGCUGGCUCAGCUGUGGACUUCACAGCACAAGAACAUAGUGUGCUGGAGCCAAUAAAUGGUGCGAUAAGCCCUAAUAAGAACACUAGUAUUUGUUCUGAAGUAAAAAGUGGGAGUCUGUUCAUUGACUGCUGACUGUUUAAAAUGGACCGCAUGGAGCUGCAAAGAGUCAACACGGAUCUUGAUGAUGACAGCAACAGUGGAGAGAGCACUGAAGAUGGAUAUUGCAAAGAUAUAGACUGUGAGAAAGUUACUAUAAGCAGUCAAUAUGUUGAUGAGGAAGAUGCUGAAAGUCAGAAGUUUCUGACAAAUGGGAUGGGUGGAAAGAAGAAAUUGGAAGAAUACACAGAGGAGAAUCAUCCUGGGACGACUUCAGUUGGAAUAUCGGUGUUCAACCUCAGCAAUGCCAUCAUGGGCAGUGGAAUUCUCGGACUUUCUUAUGCCAUGGCUAAUACAGGCAUCAUACUGUUUUUGAUUCUUCUUCUCGCAGUGGCGAUUUUAUCACUGUACUCUGUACAUCUUUUAUUAAAAACAGCAAAAGAAGGAGGUUCACUAAUCUAUGAAAAAUUGGGUGAGAAAGCUUUUGGGUGGCCUGGAAAAAUUGCAGCUUUUACAUCUAUCACAAUGCAAAACAUUGGUGCAAUGUCCAGUUACUUGUUUAUUGUUAAAUAUGAACUGCCUGAAGUUAUAAAAACUUUCAUGAAUCUGGAAGAGAACUCUGGGCAAUGGUACCUGAAUGGAAACUAUCUUGUCAUAUUUGUAUCCAUUGGAGUGAUCUUACCACUAGCUCUUCUGAAGAACUUAGGAUACCUUGGAUACACCAGUGGAUUUUCUCUAUCUUGCAUGGUCUUCUUCGUCAGUGUGGUCAUUUAUAAGAAGACACAGAUACCCUGUCCUUUACCUUUUUUGGAUCAUCCUUCUGGAAAUGUAACAAGCAACAAUACUUUUCACUCAUACCCCCUUAUGAUACAGAAUUACACUGUCAGUUCUGGAGUGAACUUUAUGAUGGAUUAUACGCAAGGAGAGACACCAGAGCUUAACCAGCACAAGGACAGUGACCAUGAGAGUAAGGUGGAAUUUGAAGCCCACACAGAUGACAAAUGCCAACCCAAAUAUUUUGUGUUCAAUUCCCAGACAGCCUAUGCUAUUCCUAUCUUGGCUUUUGCAUUUGUGUGCCAUCCUGAAGUGUUACCAAUCUACAGUGAGCUCAAAAGCCGAUCUCGAAGGAAAAUGCAGAAUGUUUCUAAUUUAUCAAUAGCUGCAAUGCUGGCAAUGUAUCUUUUUGCUGCACUUUUUGGUUAUCUUACAUUUUAUGGUGAAGUGCAAGAUGAAUUACUUCACACUUACACAAAAGUGUACAGAUUUGACACCCUUCUUCUCUGCGUCCGUUUGGCAGUACUUGUGGCGGUAACCUUGACAGUUCCAAUUGUUUUAUUCCCAAUCCGUACUUCAAUCACUGCAUUGUUAUUUCCUGGAAGACCAUUCAGUUUGCUGAGGCAUUUCCUCAUAGCAUUCGUUCUCUUGGCCCUAAACAACACUCUAGUUAUAUUUGUGCCCACUAUUAAGGAUAUCUUUGGAUUCAUAGGGGCAUCUGCAGCAACAAUGUUGAUUUUUAUUCUUCCUGCUGCUUUUUAUUUACGAAUUGUGAAAAAGGAACCUUUCCGGUCACCACAGAAAAUUGGGGCUCUCGUUUUCCUUAUCGUUGGGGUCAUAUUUAUGAUUGGAAGCAUGUCGCUCAUUAUAUCUGACUGGAUCCACAAUUCACAAUCUUCCAAACACCAUUAACCCCCUCUGUUGCAUAAUGCAUAAGCUAUGUAUAUAUGUGUGCCUUUAGCCGGAUGUCAGCGUGGAUGGCUGGAAUUCCUCUAACACAAGAUGCUAGAUCAAUCCAAAGACUGUUGCUGGCACCAACAUGUGAACUAUAAAACACUUUUUUUUUUUUGUACAAGGGUUUGUUAUUUAUACAUUACACAUGCCACUGUUUUUAUUAUUGGAAGUAUUAACAUGGAGUAGAUGUUCUCUCUGGAGGGGAUUCAUGCAAGUCAGAAAGAAACAAACUGCUGGAUUAAAGAAGAUAAUAUUCAUUUCUGCACUCAUUGGAGGAUAUUAAUGGACAGAUUGUGCCAUAUACAUAUUGUCUUCAUUAUAUGUGCCUUUAACAGAGUCUGACUGGGGGGGAAUUGACCACAAGUAAAUAAUAUGUACUUUCAGUGUUGUUUAGUAUACAUACAGCUUUUAGUUCAGGUUAAAUGUAAUAGUUACUUACAGUACCACCCUAAUAGUUAAAAGAAAUAUUUUUUUACUACAGCUUUCAUUCCCAUUUAUAUAAUAAUGACUAAAUGAGGGGUUACAAGCACAGGGCCUCCUCCAGUUCCCAUGAUGCACUCCCAUGCUCCAUAUUUGAUUGUUUCUGGCAUCAUGACUGAAGUCAUCUUCUAAAACCAGUAGGACUCAGAUGAUUGGCUGAUUUCAUGGUUAGUUGUGACAUUAUACAGACAGAAAGUGAUGAACUCCAUAAGCACAAUAAUCAUAGCUGGCUGGGAAUGAUGUUGCAGUGAGACAGUUUAUAGAACUAUCUCAUACAAUACAGAUAUGGGCCUGUUUCAUAUAUUAGUUAUUGCCUCAAACUUUAAGAAAACUACAAACAUUCUACAAUGCUGGGAGGUGCACUAGAAAUAGUUAUUUCUAUGUGACGCUACAGUUGUUCUCUUUAAAACUGCAUUAGGCACUUGUCUACACAGCUGAGAUUUUUCAGGCUACGGACUUGCUAAUCAUCCCACAUACGCAGCAUCGAUGCAAUAACGAGGAACAUUGACACCCCGAGUGAGUCUAUGAUCACGCAAACUGGCCGCGGCAGUAGCGACGCUGGCACCAUAUUGCUUUAUGUACAUGAUCGCAGCUGAAGGCAGAUAUACACCCUGAAAAUAGGCAUGACACCCUGAAAACAUGCCGCAACUUCCCAAAUGGCCCCUUCCUGUCAAUCAGUCUGCAUUAAACAUCUCACAGUGAGCGGCACUGUAAAGGUACCUUGGCGGGUGUACAGUGCGAUCGCAGCGCAUGUGCAGUCUGCUAAUAAUUGUUCAAUUGCACAAACAUUGGCAUGAAUUAGGCACUUUAUACAGUGAUUUAUAGCAGGCUAUAUUACAGUAAGUAUUUGCCUAGUGUAACCAGGGAAAUAAUGAUGGCAUAACAUGCAUCUUUAUGUGUAAAGCAAAUUCAUCUUCUGCUGUUUCAGACGAAUCAUUCUGAAGUAGAAAUAUGAAAACCUCAGCUCAGUAUGUCACUUUGUUAUAUAAUAGUCUCCCGAAUGCGCCAUAGACUGUUAUUUCCUACCUAAUGCUAUAUCACCUGGUGUGUGGUAUUGUUUAUUUUGGAAUUAUCUGUUGGCAAUGUCCAUUCAGAGUAUGACUGUGUGUCUUCCACAAUGACUCAGGGAGUAAUUCAGACCUGAUCGUAGCAGCAAAUUUGUUAGCAGUUGGGCAAAACCAUGUGCACUGCACUUGGGAAGGGGGGGGGGGCAGAUAUAACGUGCAGAAAGAGUUCGAUUUGGGUGGGGUGUGUUCAAACUGAAAUCUAAAUUGCAGUGUAAAAAAAAAAGCAGACAGUAUUUACCCUGCACAGAAACAAUAUAACCCACCCAAAUCUAACUCUCUCUGCAAAUGUUAUAUCUGCUCCCCACCCCCUUGCAGUGCACAUGGUUUUGCCCAACUGCUAACAAGUUUGCUGCUAUGAUCCUAUCUGAAUUACCCCCUCAGAGCGGUGCAGGGAGAGCUCCUAUGGAUAUGGCUAUAUUAGUAAUGAAUGAUUCCAUUUAUGCCAUAAAUAUACUCGGUGUGAGGAAACUUUUAGAAAACACAGUAUAUAUAAAUAUUUAUGUAUAUAAUACUGUACUUUCAACUGUUAGUUGCAUUCAGCCUUCAUAUUGAUUAUACCAUAUAUAUUUCAGCAAAAUUAUUUGUAUUUAUUUUUAGUUGGGUGGGCUCUGUGAUUAUGCAGUGUGAUUUUCUAAUGGCAUCUGUUCAAAAUAUUUACUUUGUAUCACAAAAUAUAGGUUACAUAUUGAUCCAGCCACUGUAUCUCCAUGUUGUAAAGAGGUGGAAGAGGUUGCAUACGUGUGUAAUGGACAAUGCAGUAGAUUUAUCAAUAUCUAACUUUUCUAGGAGUUAAUAAACACCCUGUAUCGCCACUUAUGGCAGCAUCAUAGGAUGUGAUAGCACUGCUAUGUUUUAUUAGUCCUGUCGUUGGAGAGGGCUUACUGUAAAUCAUCCCAUCAGCAGUCUGUAUCGUAUCAGCAUAUGCCGAUGCAAUACAUACUUGUCAGUACACAGCACCACGGUCACACGUGUGCGAUACGCAAUAGUAUAAUUCGAAGAUAUGUUGGGGAGUCAUUAAAGGCGCACAAUGGGUAAGCAUAACAGAUGUGUUAUGAGUUUUAGACAAGCAAUGAAAAGCUCAGCUUUUCAUCAGUUGAUAAGAUGCCACCAUAGCCAGCUAUGGCAGUGCUAUUACACAAUCUGUUAGGCGCCACUAGAGAAAUAUCUGAAUUCAUCACAGAGGGGUCUGUUCACAAAGCAGUGAAAACAGUGGAAAACGGACGAGUGGAAGAGUUACCUAUGGCAGCCAAUCAGCAUCUCCCUUACGUUUUAUAGAAUGUACUUGAUAAAGGCUUCCUUCAAAGCUGAUUGGUUGUCAUGGGCAACUUCUCCACUGGUUCUUUUCUCCACUUUUUACACUACUUCAUGAAUAGACCCAGAAUCCCUUUUGUUAAAUAUUGAGAAGUGGCAGAAACACCUAUAUAAAAGCCGUGCAAAUGAGUUAUCUCCUUUUUGAUAAAUCUUCUUAAAUAUGUAUGAUCAUGUUUAUUGCAUAUUAUCUUUUCAUAUCUCUGUUUAGUGGUUUAUGAAUGGACCACUUUUAAGCGACACUGCAGCCUGUUGCAAAUUGUUGCUAAUAUACUCCCCACCACACACUGGAGUUCGAGGGACAUCUCCAUGUACCCACUUUACAUUGAUAGGGGGGGGAGUGUGGGGAGGAUGACGAAUCACAAGCUGCAUUGUUUAACAACUGCUGUGGUUCCAGCUAAGGGAAGGAGCACAUUAGUAAAAUCAUUUCAGUAUGCUUGAGCCUAACACAAAUUUAUGUAAUUGUGCUGUGAAUAUUGGAAGUAGUCACAGGCAGCACUGAGCAGUGCUUACUUUCCAGAAGCAACAAACUGGAAGCAUUUCUUGGAUGAAUUAUCUAUGUUAAAUGCACCUAUCCUAAAGAAGACUGGGAGCUGCUUUCUAAUACCUUGUUUGGUAUGUAUCUUUAAGUUACAUUGGAAGUAGGACCUAGUUUACAUUGGUGAUUUUCACACAGCAGAAAAUAUAUUUAUCCAGAUAGUUUAAUUCAUAUUACCAAGAAUUUUGAAAUCCGGUCUCUGCAUGUCCCCUAUCCCAGUGCGUAUGUGAUUUCACAGUUCUGAUUGUGGUCAGAUGACCUUCAGUUUUGCUUGCCAAUUUACUGUCACUCAUAUGAUUUGCCAAUUGUUUUAGUGUUUUUUUUUAACUCAAGUGAAACAAAAUGAUUAUAUGUGAGAUUUUUACUAGCGUAGUUACUAGCGUUUGGACCUUUUUAUGUUCAUAUACAGUGGCCAGAGCCAUAUGCAUCUUGAAAA